AGGGGAGCUCCUCGCGAAAACUGCGGGCCGCACCGCGAGACAUGUGGCCGAGAAUUUGUGAAAUCUCUGCUUGGGUUUUUAGCCCCAUUACCAAACAACAAGUACCGCAAUACAACGCGUAGCUUAGCGAGUUGGUAGCCAUUCGCUCGAAGAAAAAAAAAAGUUUGGAAGGAGAAAGCGUUUCGACGCGUAAAAACAAGGCACGGGGGCACUUUAAGGCUGUGAUUUGGACAGCCCGGGGCUGGACAUGACUGGAGAUGAAAGCGGUGGCCAGGGGCCGCCCCCUGAUGGGACCGAUGCCGAGGAGGCAGAGCGAUGUCCUAUCUGCUUAGGGGUCCUGGCCGGUGGAGACCUCGCCAUCCCGGACAGCUGCUGCCAUGUCUUCUGCCCUGGAUGCCUCCUCACUUGGGCAGAGUUGCAGAUGAUCCCUUCAUGUCCAGUGGACAGACGGCCAUUCAGGAAUGUGUACAGAUGGGAUGGAAGUCUGCGCUGUGUGAAGGUUCCAGUGAGGACACGAGUGGCUGAACCUGAAGCUGAGAUUUGCGUCUGUAGAAACCCGGAACACAGAGUGUGUCUCAAAAGCACACUGAGAAAAAGGUCCAGACAGCAAAGGGCAGAGAAGGUGGCCGAUUCUAAACCGAAAGGACUUGUGUGGAAAUGCAACGACGAUGACACAUCUUCAGUAAGCUGGAAAAAGGUGAGAGGGACAGAAUGCUGUGCUUGGCCAUCUUCUCCUUUUCUGUCAUUAGCUACGUCUACUCAACAGGACAUUACAGAGCCUAUGUUGGUACCCGAUGAUAUAUUGUAUGAAACAAAACAGUGCAAACGGCAGGUACAAGAGUGCCCGUGGUUCUCUCCUGCUGCUCCCAUUACUGCGAAUGGAACCGCAAGGUUCCUACCUGUUAAUAGCUACCACAGUCCAUUUACAUUUGGACUCUGUUCAUCUCCUAUUACCUCCACUUCAUCAUUUGGGUCUGGUCAUUUUGUUUUUCAAGGUGUGGUCUGCGCCAUUACCUGUCCUAAAGGAGGAGAGAAACGUGGUGAGCGAGACUCAAAUUCCAAAGCGCCCACCAAAAAAGCCGUGUCUCUACCGUCCAGACGAUCAGGGCGUAAUAGUAAAGCCCAGUCAGAGCCUCCUGUGUCCGACCCGUCAUCGCCGCCACAGUCCAGCGUGUCAGACUCAGACUCAUCUGCCAGCCAGGCCUCCAAGCCAGGCGGGGCAUCUCAGGUGCCAGCUAAAAGGAAGGGUAAACAGGUAACAAACCGAAAGGCCAGCGGGAAGAGGAAAAACACAAGAAAAAAGCACUCGUCCGAAUUUGUUGAGAGCCCGUCGGCGAGUGAAGAUGAAGAGGGUGAAGGGGUUGACACCACUGACAAGGAAGAUGAGAAAGAUGAAGCGAAGCCUGAGAUGAACAACUCAGAUCAGCCUUCUGAUACAGAAGGAAGUCUUAAUGCAGACCACAAUGCUGUUGGUUCACCUGAUGGCCAACAAGCUGCAGAAUCUUUGAACAGUAAUGUGGAGCAUGACACUAACGAGACAGAUAAAGACUCGAAUGAACAAACAGAACCUGAUGAAAACUGCCACCUGUCUUGUCCUUUGGACUCCCCUCCGAAAAGCCCUGGGUCUGAGUACUCUGAUGGCAAAUCUAGCACAGAAGAAGAGGAACCCACUGUCAUGUCAUUUUCAACCUUAGACGAUGAGAAGAUCACCACUUCGCCGGAAUCUGAACCGGACAACACUCUGGAGAACCUCAUGUCUCCUGAUUGCAACAAUGUUUCUGAACAAGAUGACAGAAUGGAGACCUGUGAAGAAGGGUCAGAAGAAAGAAAUAAUGACAACGUCUCACAGGAUCUCCAGACAGAAUCAUGUGACAGCCCCAAGCCUCGUUCUCCAUGUGCUAAACCCUCUGAGGAGAAAGUAGCUGUCCAAGAAGCAAAAGCAUCUGAGGAUUCAAAAACACCUGAAAUAGAAGAGCCUUCAAAAGUUGACAAUCUGGGCAAAAGAGUUGAGGAUAAGGAUCUAUCCAAAGAUGAUACUAAUGUUGUUCCAAUGGACUGCAGUUCACCCAUGAGUGAGGCUGGUAGCGGUACCAUUUUGGAGAAAGUGAAAGAGAGCACAGCGUCAGCCACUGCAGAAACUCCUGUCUCCAUUGCUGACCAGAGUUGCAAAGACCAAGGGGAGAGAGACCCGAUCCACGAGAGGAAGAAUGGGAGACAACGACGCUCUCGUUUCCACUCCCCGACGUCCUCCUGGUCACCCAAGAGGGACUCGAGACGAGAGGCGUCCAGGCGCUCCCGCUCACAUUCGAGAGAGCGUGCCAGCAGCCCGCUCUGCAGCCACUCGUCCCGCACUCGCAGCAAAGAAAGAGAGCGCGAGCGAGACAAAACGAGGGACUACGCCAGAAGGGAGCGUAGCCGUGAGAGGAAGAGAAGACGGUCCAGGAGUCGCUCUAGAUCAAAGUCGCGGUCUCCAUCCAGAGCGAGAUCAUACAGACGAGGAUACAGCCCUGAGUGGCCGCCGUCCAGAGAUCAGUCACCCCGAGGGAAAGAGCGAAGGGGUGGCUGGAGAUCAGGGCAAGGUGGUGGGAGCGGCGGCGAGGCACGGCGGUGUCAUGGAGGCGGUGGUCGCUUUGAGAACGGCGUGCCUUCAGAAAGGUCGCCGGAAUGUCAAGGCUGGUCGGAGAAUCCAGAUUGGGUUACAGAAAAAACUCGCGGCGAAGCCGAGGGCAGAAACUGGGAUUUUGGUGGCGGCUCCCGCUGGGAAGAUCGCGGAGCAAGGGGACGCGGCGGCUAUGAGCGAGGCCAGGGAGUUGGCAAUCAUGGCUUCCACAACCAGCAGGAGGACGACAACCGCAGGCAGCCACGGAACAACUCAGGAAUGGGCAACAAUUCAGGGAACGAUGCCUACAGCCGAUUCAAUGAGAAUCGUGGGGGCAGCCGCAGGAAACAGGAGUUAGACGCUGGCGACUCUGUGCUGGACCGCUCAGGCUGGUCAUCAGCGUCCAGCUGGGCGGUGCGGAGGACACUUCCUGCUGAUGUUCAGGAUUAUUACUCCAAGAGGGAGAGGGGGGGAGUAGGAGGCUGGAAUCGAUCCGAAGAGGAGCAGCCUGCAGCAGAUCCCGCUAAGAGUGAGCCUGCACCUGCGACCAUACCGGGCAACGCUCCGAUGCCUGUGCUGACCGCGAUGCCGCCGCCACCGCCUCCCCAGCUGAAUGUCCUUCAUCAUCAGUUCCCCCUGCAGGGCCCCCGCGGCCCCAUGCCAGUCAGCUUGCAACCCGCGGCGCCUUUCGCCAUGCCCCCUCCCAUCCCUGUGCACGUCCACCCUGCCGUGCCGCUGCUACAGGUGCCCGCUCUCGGCGCCCAGGCGCUGCCACCACCUCCCCCACCGCCCCCUCCGAUGCAACAAGGGGGCCAGAUGGCCGCAGCUCAGCCUGAUGGGCAAACAACACAGAUGGGCGCUUACGGAAAACCGGGCCUGCUUCUCACUCCAACCAAAGUUGGCCAGCAAGCCGUCAGCCAGGUGCAGCCUUCAUCGACAUCGCAGCCAGCUCAGCAUCAAAAGGCUCAAGCUGACAGCUCCAAAAAAGAAAAGAAACAACAGAUCCAAGAGAAAGCUAUAAAUGAAGUGAAGGCGGCUAUCAAACCUUAUUACCAAAAGAAGGAAAUCACAAAGGAGGAGUACAAGGAGAUAGUCCGCAAAGCAGUAGAGAAGGUGUGUCACAGCAAGAGUGGCGAGGUGAACUCAAGUAAGGUGGCCAUCCUGGUGAAGGCCUACGUAGACAAAUAUAAGCAUGUGCGCAAAAAGUGAAUUGGCACUUUGACAUGGCGCAGCGCUGCCCUCACUGACCCAUUGUGCAGCUCAAGUGCAAUUUCCUCUAGCUGGAAUUUAGCCUCCAGUCCCAACUACAAUGGAGAGCCAUGAUUUCUUUUUUUGAUAUCUACCUUUUAAUGAACUAUAUGUUUUUUUUUUCUAUAGAUUUUCAUAUUUUGUUAGAAAAAAAGAGACCCAAUCAGAAGUUGUAAUCCAAGAGCCCUUUAUUUUGCAUAGAUCCUGACCUGCAGAGCUACUGUAUGGGGAGCAGGGUGGUGAAUUGGGGAGGGAGGGUGGGAGAUUUGAUACAAGAAAAUGCAAUGUAACAUAUGCUACUAUUAUCGAGAGAAUCUUCUGGCUGAUACAAUGACAUUUCACUUAAUGGAAUCCUGAUUUCACAGCCUAUUAAAAUAUGUUCUUUAAAAAUAUAUAUUCUAUAAUAUUUCAGAUGAAAGACUAGCCCAAACAAUAUGAUUAUAACUGGCGCCCUGAUUGGUUGAGGAUGUGUCAGGAUAGCCAUUCGGCGGUGAGUCUGUAAUAUAAGACGCACGUCCUGGGAGGGGACGGAUCAGGUUAAAAAUAACCCCCAUCUGAAUGUGUAGUGAAUGUCCAUGCAUUAAGCUGAAUUGUGCAAAGUAUCCAGAGAGUAGUGAAAUAAAGUAGCUGCUUCCUGA